AUGGCUUUCGUCACCGGACCAGCCCUUCCCUCCCUGCGCGCCGCGCGCGCCACGUCGACCUGCACCGUCCGCAUGGCGGCCGACGCCGCGGAGGAGCCCGUGUCGCGCCGCGCCAUCAUCGCGGGCGUGGUGGCUGCCGCGGCCGCGGCCGCGCUGCCGAAGGUCGCGAACGCCGAGCGUGAGUAUCCAAACGUCGGCUUCUUGGGCGGCAGCGACGUCAUCGACGUCAACAACGCCAACGUCCGCGCGUACGUCAAGUUCCAAGGGUUCUACCCGACCCUCGCGGGCCUGAUCGUCGCGAAUGGCCCGUACAAGUCAGUCGAUGAGCUCUUCGCCUUGCCAGAUCUUACCCCGCAGAUGAAGACGACGCUCGAGAAGUACAAGGAUAACCUCACCGCUUUGGAACCUACCCCCGAGUAUGAGCUGGACAAGUUUAACAACGGCCUCUACCGUUAGAUGCUUUUUUGCUUGAGUCGUUUUCGCUUCUAGGCAUUAAACUGCAAUUAAUACGUUUUUCUUCAA